CUUGUCUUUCUCAACUUUCUGUCUUAGAAUGCAGUACAAGCAUUCCGUCAACUUUCUUCAAAGAAAUGGCUCAAUACUGUUCUAAUCUUCAAAAGCUGAUUAUUGAGCCUUGUGAUGAAGACAUCGAGGGAUUAGCGAUACUCAUCACUAAACAAACAAAUUUAAGAGAAGUUGAAUUGGUGCCUUCAAAACCGAAGCAACUCAAGAUCGUGGAAUGCCAUCAAAUUGGAAAGGCUUUGUUAGCACAAGCAACCUCCUUAAAAUCCUUAUACAUACAAAAUUAUCUUUGCAUUACUCCUGAAUUUCUUGCAUCUUUUGUAAACUUAGUAACUUUACGAGUUAAUAUUUGUGUAAAAUUUCAUGAAGGAUUGUCUUUUCCUAUGUCUUUUCCACAUUUAGAAACUCUUGAAAUAUUUGAAGACAAUUCAACACCAUUCGAAUAUUACACAAAAAUAAUCGAGAGCACAAACGGAAAUCUUAAAAAAAUAUACUUUAAUAACGUAUCUCAUGCUGAUGAUCAAGGAUUAAGGAAUUACAUGCACGCAAUUACAUUUUCCUGCCAAAAUAUUAAAUUGACUACAAUUGUCUUAAGCAACAAAAUAGAAAUAUAUGAAUUAGAACAAUUAUUGGAAUCAUGUCAAAAAAUUGAAGUUUUAAAAUUAAAAGCUCGAUCACUAAAAAUUAUUGAUGGAGAACAAGUACUUCAAUUAUUGGCGGUGAAAGCACCGCAGAGUUUAACUACUUUGAAUUUUGAUUCUGAGAGACCAGACGGAUGUUGGCUAUUUUCAUACAAGACUUUAGAUGAAUUUUUGAAUACUUGGAAAGAAAGGAAUAUGAAACCUUUGUCAAUAUAUUUUGAGAUAGGAUGUUAUGAACCAGGAUUUAACGCAAAACAUUACAAGAUUAUUAAGAAAUAUCUCAAGGAAGGGGUAUUAAAAGAGUUUUAUGAGAUUAAUAAUUUACAUGAUCCUUACAAAAAGUGGCAAUGUUUAGGACCAUGGGGAUGA